AUGGCUGAUGAAUUGACGUCGCCUCAGAUUGUCGACGAUCUGAUCGAAUUUCAUGAUCCCAAGCAAGCCUUCAAAGACAUUUUCUGCGGUACGGUUGGUGGUAUUGCUCAAGUUAUUGUCGGUCAACCGUUUGACAUAGUUAAGGUCCGACUCCAGACGUCGCCAGUACCAUCUACAGCUUUGGAGACAAUUAGAAGUCUCGUGAAAAAUGAAGGAGUUAUGGCUUUCUAUAAAGGUACAGCUGUGCCUUUGAUUGGUGUGGGAGCAUGUGUUUCAUGUCAAUUCGGUGUUAACGAGGCCAUGAAAAGGUACUUUCGCAAAAGCAGCGGAGACCCUGACGCCCAUUUGUUGUUAAGACAAUACUACGCCUGCGGGUUUGUGAGUGGAACUGCCAAUGCGUUUUUGGCUACUCCCAUUGAGCAUGUUCGUAUCAGAAUGCAGAUUCAGAAGAACACGAGAGGCGAAGGCUUAUACCGAAGUUCACUCGACUGUGCCAGAAAACUCUUAAAAGAAAACGCACUCAUGCGCGGUUUCACGGCUACCACUUUGAGAACAUCUCACGGAUUUGGCAUUUACUUCUUAACAUACGAGGCUUUGAUUGCGAACCAGGCUCAUUAUGGUAUAUCACGUCAAGAUAUUCCUGCUUGGAAAGUUUGCAUUUACGGCGCUUUUUCAGGUGCCUUCUUCUGGGCUAUGACAUACCCUUUCGACGUUGUAAAAUCAGUCAUGCAGGCAGAUAAGCUGAAGGCUCCAUUUUACGGUGACAACGUGUUCACCGUAGCCAAGUCUAUCUACAAGGAGCGAGGUAUGAUGGCUUUCUCAAAGGGAUUUCUGCCCACGAUGCUUCGGUCGUUGCCAGUCAAUGGCGCGACUUUUGCGGCUUUCGAAGUUUCCAUGCGUUUGAUUUCGUAG